GCUCAGCUGGGGACGGAGCGAGGACUAUGGAGAAGAGUGAGCAGGUCUUUCUCAUUUCAUUUCUUCUCCUUCAAACUAGUCUUCUCUUUCUCUCUCUAGAAAGUUCACGUUGCUACAGUACAUUUGUAUGACGAGAUUGCCCUCCACUUUCUUAGCGAAUUCCGAGCCUAUCCUCGUCUUCUUCUCAGAUUCUACCAACAGUCAAAGAUCCUCUGCUGAUCAACUUCUCCUUCUCCAUAUUUUCAUGGAACACCUGCUGACUUGAGCUUCCUAUGGAUUUGACCGAGGGCGUCGGAGAGAGCUCGUCACCGCCUCGAAGCUUCGUCAUCUUCGGCAACUACGAUGUGCGAAACGACGUGUACAACCGCUUGUUGGAGAGCGGUAAUGAAGACGCUUUGACUCAACCUGAUUUUCGUGAGCAGUUGGACGCUCACUUCAAUCGCUUGCCGGCUAGUUAUGGGCUUGAUGUUAACUUGGAUAGAGUGGAAGAUGUCUUAUUGCAUCAAAAGCUUCUUGCAUUGGCAAAAGACCCAGAGAAGCGGCCUGUUUAUCAUAUCCGUUUCAUGGAGAAUACUUCUACGAAAACAGAUGAUGACGAUGAUGAUGAUAAUGAUGGCCAACAAGUUACUAGUAUCGUUUCAACCCCAAGGCUAUCAUGUGAUGAAGCUAAUGAAGGAGCUGCUCAGUCACAUGACAGAGCUAGGAAUUGUGCAAUUGACUCUAAGCUUGGGGACCUAAAUUUGGAUGUUAGAACGAAUGCUACGGACAUGGAUGGAAGAGAUCUGACAGAGAGUUUUCCCCCAAGGCAAGAUAUACCACAUGUUCCCAUUCAUGAAGUAAUAUUUUCAACCAUUGACAAGCCUAAGCUUCUUAGCCAGCUUUCUGCUUUGCUUUCUGAUUUAGGACUUAACAUCCGUGAAGCACAUGUUUUUUCAACAACCGAUGGCUACUCCUUAGAUGUUUUUGUGGUGGAUGGAUGGCCUGAUGAGGAUACAGAUGGUCUACAUGAAGCUAUGGAAAAGGCGGUUGCUAGAAGUGAGGGGUCAUGGUCAAGAUCUUCGCAUUCUCAUUCGGCUGUGGAGAAAGCAUUAGCGGCACAAGAAAAACCUGGAAACUGGGAAAUAGACAGAAGACUAUUAAAGAUAGGAGACAGAAUUGCAUCUGGGUCAUGUGGAGAUUUGUACCGCGGAAUUUAUAUUGGUCAAGAUGUUGCGGUUAAGAUACUGAGGUCAGAGCAUUUGAAUGAUGCUCUAGAGGAUGAGUUUGCUCAAGAAGUGAAAAUUCUGAGAGAGGUCCAUCAUAGGAAUGUUGUGCGCUUUAUCGGGGCAUGUACGAAGUCUCCACAUUUGUGCAUAGUGACAGAGUAUAUGCCCGGUGGAAGUCUCUAUGAUUAUUUGCACAAGAAUCAUAAUGUCUUGAAGCUUUCAGAACUGCUAAAGUUUGCAAUUGAUGUCUGCAAAGGAAUGGAGUAUUUGCAUCGUAAUAACAUAAUUCAUAGGGAUCUGAAGACAGCAAAUCUGCUAAUGGACACUAACAAUGUUGUAAAGGUGGCAGAUUUUGGUGUUGCUCGGUUCCAAAAUCAAGAGGGAGUAAUGACAGCAGAGACUGGAACCUAUAGAUGGAUGGCACCAGAGGUUAUCAAUCAUCAACCAUAUGAUCAGAAAGCAGAUGUGUUCAGUUUUGCGAUUGUACUUUGGGAGCUAGUAACAGCCAAAGUUCCAUAUGAUACCAUGACUCCGUUGCAAGCUGCCUUGGGAGUUAGACAGGGACUUAGACCGGAUCUUCCCAGUACUGGACACCCAAAGCUGUUGGAAUUAAUGCAGAGAUGUUGGGAUGCAGAUCCGUCCAAUCGGCCUUCCUUCUCUGAUAUAAUAGCUCAACUUGAAUAUCUCCUCCAAGAAGUUCAGGAAAUUUUGGAAGCUACCGAUGGCGCUUGAGACGCCGGGCUUUAAGAUGCGUGCAUCUCAGGAAAUUUCUGAAAUUAUCAAAACUUCUCUUUUUGCAACAUUCCGACCGGCUCUUUUUUAGGCAUUUGGGAUUUGGAUGAGGCUUUGUUUUCUCCGUUUGUUUUUCACAUAAAUAUAGAGGCUAUAUUGUACAAUCGAGGGAAAGAGAAAAUCACAGAGACUGCAACACAAUGUCGAUAGUGCAUGAAGGUCUGUAUUGCCUGUUGUAAAACUCGUCUGUAAGCCAACACCCAGUUGAACGUCGAUGUAAAGUUUUCUCUUUUUGAGUAAUGGGGAUGUAUAAACUUCAGUAGAUAUGUACAUCUAAGUAAGUAGAAAGAUGGAGAAAAAUAGGAGUUUGAAGAGGAGUGGAUUGUAUUGCAGUGCAGCUGUUUCAACUAGCGCACAAUCUAUUCUCGUGUAUAUUCCAGUUACAGUUUUCAGUUUGGUCAA